AUGGUCUGCAGCAAGCAUUCAAUAUCUGCCAAUGUCCUGCUUUUUUACGUUUCUGAUUUCAUGGUCGACCGGGAUGCGAACCCUGAUGCCUUCCUGGGACACUGCUACCACGGAAAUGAUAGUCCCGGUGCCGAAAGAUUGGAUCACUUUAUCAUUGGCCUGACAUCUGCCGAUCAUUUCCAACUUGGAUCACCCAUCACCAGAGUCGCCUACCCUCUCUGCGGCCAGUAUAGGAAGCAGAUCUCACUCAAGAGCAAGCACACUGUAAGAUGCACCGCUAACCUCCUUUUCUAUCGUUUCGUCAUAAUUCAACAGCCUGCAGAUGGAGUUGGAGCGUUAAAUGUCUGCGAACUGGAAGUAUACGAGGCUAACGAUUCAAAAUGCCUCUGCCAGUCUGUUAACUUCAACCAAGAUGAAUCCUUCUGCCAGCUGAACCAGCACGUUUUCGGGUACAACCAAACUCACUUGAAUUUCAACCUUAGCUGGAGUUUCUACGAAGUUCACUACACAUAA